UGGAAGGGUUAUAUUUCUUUUUAAUGUUGGAAAGUUUAGAAUUAGGGAUGGUAUGCAAAUAUGAUUCAUUAUUUAAUCAGAACAGAGGAUUUCAUCAACAAGAUUCUAUAAUGUUAGAUGAACUAAUCUUUGCAACUAUGUUAUCAUCGCCCGUAGUAUCAUCAUCUAGUACAUUUACAACGACGGUGAAGACGGAGCCACGGAGCAAGGAUUUAUUGUUCAAAGAUGAUCCAAAGUUGGUUUGUGCAAUGAUUAAACAUCAGAAAUGCAUUAUACCACAAAUCAGUCAUAAAUCAAAUCCAAUUAUUGGAAUAAUAGGUUAUAAUCGACUAAAGGUUAUUUGCAACAAAUCAUGGAUUUGUAAUUUGUCUAACGAUAGAAAGCGGAUGUUUAGUGUAACGGAGGAAGGACAUGAGCAUAGAGUAUUCUUAGAAAUUGAGGACGAUGAGAACGCUUCGAAACAGCGAAUCGCUAGCCUGAUAAAUUACUGUGGGGAAAACGUUACAAAGGAUAUAACCAAGAGCGAAUUAAAGACAUUUCCAUUGAAACGUUCGGAAAUUUUUGUCAAAGAUAUUAAUAUUGAAGAUGUUGAAGGCACGGAAAGGAUCAUUGAGAUGAACUUGGGAUUAGGCGUAUUCGAACAAAUAAAAGAACCUUCAGAGUGCGAUAUUAUAAUGGAUCCAAAAGGGGCAACUUCUAAUAAUUCAACUAAACCAAAAAUAAUAAUGGUGGAUAAUGGAACUAGCAAUAUAGAGGCAAUAAAUGAAUUGUUCAUUAAAAGAUCCAAAUCACCAUUAAUUUUUAAGGAUGAUGAUGAAGACCAAGAAUUUUCUAAUAUAAUAAUGAAUUCACACACAUUCAUUAGAUCAUAA